UUCUGGUCCUUGGUAGGGAAUGCAUUACUCUCCACCUCUUACUGUUUUUGACAUGCUGGUUGGUGGACUCGACGAGCUCGUUGAAAUCCGCAGUAUGUCCGGAGCUGCUGCCACGCGGGGCCAAUGUGAGUGUGGGAGUAAUCAUCGAUGAGAGCACGAGAAUCGGGAAAGAGCAGAAGAUAGCCAUGAAAAUGGCUGCCAAAGAUUUGGGCCAUUGUUUGAACUUGGUUUUGCACAUCAAAGAUUUACAUGGCAACUUAGCUCUUGCUGCUUCUGCUGCACUGGAUCUCAUAAAUCACAAACACAUCGACACGAUCAUCGGAACCCUAACACUCGAACAAGCCGCAUUCCUCACCCACCUCAAAUCCCCACCACCCAUCAUCUCCCUCUCCCCGGCCGCCUCACCUCCACCGCAACCUCCCCCGUCCUUCAACCAGAUGACCCUCCCCGUGGGCCACCAAAUCCAAUGCAUCGCCUCACUCAUCGCCCAUUUCCACUGGAAAAAUCCCAUCUCAAUCUCCCAAGACCCAACCCUCUUCCUCCCCCUCUCCCGCGCUCUCCACGCCCUCGACAUCUCCAUCUCCAUCGAGCCCCACAUGACCGCCACCGUGUUAAGAACCUAAAUCCUUAACGAUGAAUUCCACACAAAAUAAAGAAACGAGAUG